AUGACAACCACACGACUGCCCCUACAGGACCGCAGCAACCUACAAAACAACCUACAAAUCCGAGUUGUACCAUACAGUCCCCCUCGUCUGAGUUCGGAUUUCUCCAUUGCACCCCAUCCCGAUAAGGAUACCUGUAAACCAUCAUAUGCAUCAUCGCCAGCCAAUGUUGAGGUCUACCAAAGCGACACGCCCCAGACACAGCGUCUGUCGCCUUGCUCCAGCCCAGUGGUCUCAAGUCCAGCAUCACCACUAGGAUCAUACUCAAGACCUAACGACCAUGGCACGGACAGACGCAGAGCUGCCACGCCUCGGCGGCCUUCUACAUCAUCAUCCAAUCGCCGCCUCAAGCACGUUGUGAAUGUUCACUCGGACAAGACCUUCUCACUGCGGCCGCAAGUAGAACGUGAAUCUAGUUCCGUCUACUCAAGCUCAUUUCUGAAUUCGACCCUCACCAACAGCACAUAUGGGAGAAACUCGUCUGUUACCUUGAGCCAUGGAAGACGCAGCUCAGUCAUGGCACUGCGACAGCCGGAGUCUGCCCCAACAUCACCGGACGAGAAGACGCCUCCCAAGCCAAGUGCGGAUAAUUCUGCCAGCACAUCUUCACCUUGGAACUAUGAGUUUGUCGGCGGCCUGCGCAAAGUAUAUCGGCACACACCCGCACCUGAGUCUGAAGCCGCAUCCUCGCCAAUCGCCACGCCAAGCAAAGCUCACCUGCCCCCAUCAAUUAUCAAUAGGGCCGCGCGCCAAAGCUCCAUGCUCAUCCCACGCAAGCCGCUGCCCAGCUCAUACUUAGAAAGUCCGGCUGCUUCAGACACUCCAAACGUGAGGAUCCUAAGACAACCACUGCCAACGGCCUCCCUUUAUGGCCAGCCGUCACUUGAAUUCACCAACUUCUCGCCCUCGAGUGAUCAAAAUUAUCGUAUCAUCGGUGAUUCCGGCUCAUCCGACUACUCCCUUGGGAGCCAGUCACGACCGAGAACCGAGGAUAGUGAGCCAAAUUACGUCAAGCUGGAUGGCGCAGCUUCGCCGUCGGUCGCCGCCACGCCUGCCCCAAGGCUCAAGUCAGAAUUCUCCCAAGAAAGUUUGAUCGUGGCACCCCUCAAUCCUGCAAGAAAACUCUUCACCGACAAGCCCAUCUCUGUCAAGCUCCCACAAGGAGGGUCAUCGCCCAGAUUUAUCGCUACUUGGUCCGCUAUGAUGAACCACGACGCCGCUCGCGCACUGUUCGGCUCCAGGAUAUAUCCGCCGAGAUCUCGGAACACUAGGGCGCCUUCGCAAACCAGAUCUCCCUUGUCUACCCCCAAAGCGCAUCAAAGCCAAUUUCAAUCGCAGCCGCCCCUGUCAACUGUGUUCUCCGAGAGCGAAGGAGAAAAUGGACGCCGACCUGGGUCCCUCUCCACGUUUGCUGCUGAGCUCAACCCCUCGGCAGAUGACUUACAGCCAGGCGAAUCCUCUCUCACACGACAAGUCAUGCCGACAUCCGAGCCAGUUGACUGGCCGCAGGCCGCUUUUGGGAAAGGGCAGGAUAAGGAGUCUAACUCAAGCUACCAUCUCGUCGGCGACCAGGAUGAACAUGGCGAUGGCUUGACGGACUUACGCGAUCUCCUAACGCACCGCCCUUCCAGGAGGGGUGUAUUUCCUGCCAUGAUGGCCAAUUACGCUUCAGAUCGAAACCUGUGGUCCUCCGCAAGCGCCAGAGCAACAAAUUGGGCAAUUCCAGCAUGGGCAAGGCUAUACUACGGCGGCGAUGAGCGUCGUUUCCUCGCACACCAGGUUUCCCGCGACUCCAUUCGCUCUGUAAACACAGACGGCCAAGCGGGAUCCUCGCUACAGAGGUUUUCUAACAGCGUUGAACAAUUCGGGGUCUUUCCCCAUCCCCAACAAGAAGCCCCGAUUGCGAAUGGCAAAACACCUGUCACAAUUCAAAGGUCCUACCCCGAUCUGACUUGGGCUCGGACGCUCAAGAAACAGACAUCAAGCUUGUGGUCGCCACACCUACGACGAGAUAACAGAGCAAGCACCCACGGAAUCUGGGACCCUCCAGCUGGCGUUGUAUCGGUCGAAGGCUGCAUCACGGCGCGACGGAAUGUACAGGUGGUCCUUUUCAUGUUUGGAUUCAUUUUCCCAAUCGCUUGGAUGGUGGCCGCGUUUGUACCCCUCCCAAAUAAUCGGAAUCUGAACGACAAGGACUUCCCGAGCACUAGCCAUAUUGACCUCACCGAAGAUGUCGGCGCAAGCCCGUCUCAACUUGCCAAGGAAAUCGCCCUCUACAACCGCGCAAAGUGGUGGAGAGAUCUCAACCGGGCCAUGGCCGUCAUUGGGCUCUUGAUUAUCGGUGCCUUUGCAGUUCUCAUUGCGCUCGGCGUCAAACAACGAUGGAGAUAG